AGCAGCAGGGGGAGAGAGAGAGGAGCGCGAUGCACAGCAGCAAGCGAAGAGUCGAGGAGUAGUCGAGUGUAGUAGCAUUACUGUAGUGCAGUAUCUGCAGUAGUGCAGCAGUAGUAGCAAUGUCGUUGAGUGCAGUAGCAUUACUGUGAUGUAGUGUAGCAGCAGCUGCACUAGUGCAGGAGUGUGUAGUAGUAGUAUUAGGGUGUAGUAGUGGUAGUAGUAGUGUAGUAGUAGUGUAUAGCACUACACGCACUGUACCGGCUACUGUACACAAUACACGCACUGUACCGGCUACUGUACAGCACUACACGCACUGUACCGGCUACUGUACAGCACUACACGCAUUGUAACUGAACGAACUGUACGGGACGCACUGUACACGUACAGUAGGACUGUAGCAACAACAAGAACAGCAGCCGACGACGUUCGCCACCAAGGCUGAAACCGUGGAAGAAUCAUGCCCGCAUGCUAGUGGCUCACCACUGACGGGGCAUGAGGGAUGCCCUUGGCUGUGAGGACCUGGCGCUCUAGCUCGAUCAGUGCCAGCGGUGGCCACGAGUGGCUCACGCGGUGCCUCUGCAUGCUACUCGAGGCAGGCGUACGGAGGCCGUCAGCAUGAAGAAAAUCUUUGGACUUGGGAAGCGAAAGAAGGGGCUUUCGCCGUCCGCGUCCGAGACGGGCAGCGUGAUUUCUCGGUACGAGCUCAAGGACAAGGACUUGGGGAAACUGCACAAGGCUGCCGCUUCGGGGGAGCUCGAGAAACUGAAACGGCUGCUCAAGAAGGGUGACGUGAACCAGCUCGACAAACAGAACAGAACACCCUUGCAUCUGGCCUGCGCCAAUGGACAUUCAGACGUCGUGUUUUUCCUCCUGCAAAACAACUUUGUGAAGCUGAAUUUAUGCGACAAUGACAACCGCUCUCCAUUGAUGAAGGCCGUGCAGUGCCAGCAGGAGGCGUGUGUGAAGGCCCUGCUGGAGCACAAGGCCGACCCCACCCUCGUGGACUCCAAUGGCCUCACGGCUCUGCACCAGGCGGCGCUCAUACCCAGCUGCCCUAUCGCUCAGCUGCUGCUCCGGCACAAUGCUCACAUCGACGCCGAGAACAAGGAUGGGAACACCCCGCUGCUGCUGGCGAUGAGCAGCGGCGACCUGACCAUGGUUGAGCUGCUGCUGAGGCACGGCGCCAAUGUGGACAGCAGGAACCAUGCCCGGCGGACCCCGCUGAUGAUCGCGGCGAGCAACGGCGAGAACGAGAUCGUGAAGCUGCUGCUGGAGCACGGGGCCGACGUGUCGUGCAAGGACGACAAGGGCUGGUCGGCCGAAGACCACGCCGUCAUUCAUGGGCACCACGCGUGCUCUCACCUGAUUGGGGAGCAAGGGGUCAGGGCUGCACAGUCACGGGUGUCUGUGGGCAGCACGGGGAGGGGCCCUGUCCUGCCAGAGCUGGGGGCUGCCGCUCGCUUGGGCAUUCCCGCGCUCAACAAAGCGGGAGAAGAUGCUUCUCACACAGAGACAUUGAGCAGGACCGGGGCCACGGCGGAGGAAGCCGCAGGCUCUGUGUUCCAGUGACGACGAGGACGUCCUCGACUUCAGCCCAAAGAAACCUUUGAAACCUGACUUAUCUAAACUCCUGUCAGUAAGCCAAAGGUUGGAAAGUGAAGGCUCUUCCGACCCCUAUCCAGUCCCUGAGCAGGAGUUUGCCGGAGAGAGCGGAGAUGAGAGGAACGUGUCUGCACGCCCGCUCCCCCGCGCCUCCCCUCCCAGCUCCUACAGCCGUGUCCCUCGCCCUUCCUCGCCCGCACCCCGGCUAGAUCCCUUCGCUCGUCCUGGUCGUCUCAAGUUGAAGAAGGAGAUGAAGCCGAAGAGGAAGAGGAGGAGGAGAGAAGUUGGGAUGAGUCGGAAGAUAUUGAGGAUGAAGGAGAGAGCCACACCGUGGACGAUGACGAUUAUGAUGACGGCGACGAUGUUGAUGUUAGUGAUGAUGAUGUUGAGGGUGAU